AUGACCUCGACAGCGAACUACCAGCAUAUUGUUCUCAAGGGACUGCCGUAUGAUCGCGGCUUUACUCAUGGAGAACAAGCCAAGCAAAAGAUUCUCGACAGUCUUGCCCAUUAUCACAAACCAGGGAAACUACUGCCAUGGGACAUAUCGCUGCGCAUUAUCAAGGAAGUUUAUCUUCCGGGAAUAGAUAAAUACUUUCCCGAAGCGCUGCCUGAGCUUCAGGGCAUUGCCGAUGGUGCUGGGGUUGACUUAGACCAAAUUUUGUUUCUCAAUGCUCGCUACGAUCUUGCCAGGGUCCGAGGACCAACUAUUCGCCCGUGUCCGACUACAAAAUCCAGUCUGACUGCAGGCACUUCUCAAGCUGUAAACGGUCAUGUCACUCAAAAUGGCCUUGAUAACAACGCUUCAAGCGAGCCGGCAGAUGUCCAAGAGCUUCAAGAAUGCACUUCUGCAGGAUUCCUUGCCGAGUCCCUAGAGAACGGCGACGUGAUCUUGUCUCAAAACUGGGACAUGUCGGCCAAUGUCUUCCUUAAAGAUACAGCGGUCUACCUGGAAAUCCACCCAGACCCUUCAGAAGACCUCCCCGUCAUGUUUGUCACAACUGAGGCUGGCCAAUUAGGCCGUUCUGGCUUCAACUCUGCUGGACUCGGAGUCUGCGCGAGUUCACUCAUGUCGACCGAAGAUUACUUCCCGCUUGAUCUGACUUUGCCUCCCGGCAGUGAACAACAGCCACUACUGCCGAUGUCUCUUGUACGAAGGCAAUUUCUACACAAUAUCAACUUCGCCAAUGCUCUCAUUAAUGUGAGAAAUGCGCCGAGGCAUUUGUCGAAUAAGCUUAUCGUGGGCACAGCCGACAACUUCAUCAUGUCCAUGGAGAUUACUCCCAGUAGUGUCCACUUAGGAUAUCCGUCCAACGGAGACCACUUUGUAGUUGGAUCAAAUCACUUCAUCAGCGAGUCAUUCCAAGCGAGUCAAUGGAAUGAUCGCUAUCCUGGUGGCAGCAGCUGGUUCCGCGCCGUGAGAGUCGCGCAGCGAGUCCGACCGUUCAACAACAAGCAGUUAACGGCAGAGAAGAUUACCGAGGCAUUCUGUGACCAUCUAUCACUUCCUUCUUCUGUUUGUCAACACAUGGAAGAUUGCACAGUGAAGAAUGUGCCGGAUUACCCAUACAAAGGUGCUCAGACAACAUUGGCCCAUAUCCGAUACAACUUGACCAAGCGAACCGCAACUGUUUGCAAAGGUCCGCCCUGUAUGGGUACCUUCAACGAGUAUUCGUUACCCGUUACGAGCAACGUGAAAAAGAAUGGCUAUAUAAUUGGCAAUCACGCAGUUACAAAUGGCAAAACCUAA